AUGGUCAAUUCCUUUGAGGGCUUUUCACACAAAUUUGUCGUGGUUUCCACUUGCUAUCGGGGAAUCAAAAGCAGGUGGCCUCAGAAUCAUAGCACAAAGUAUGGCAGUGGAACUUCGGUGGACAAAUUCAACGAAGAACAUGAGGUUAGCUGUCUCUUUGAUUGUUGUGAAUUUUGCAACAUAGCAGACAUCAAACCUAAGAUCGGAACUAUGCAGCCCAAGAAGAGAACAUUCAAGAAGUUCAUCCUUAGGGAUGUAGAUCUAAAUGCAUUCCUGAACAUGAGCUCUGACGAGCUCGUGGAGCUCUUCCAAGUUCGUGCACGUAGAAGUUUCCAAAGGGGUCUCAAGAGGAAGUCCAUGGCCCUUAUCAAGAAGCUUUGCAAGGCUAAACGUGAAGCCUCAACUGGCGAGAAGCUAGAGCUAACCUUCAACCAGGUUGAGAUUAAGCCGGAGAUGAUUAGACACUACUUUGGCGAGUUCUCUAUCUCAUACAAACCAAUGAAGCACGGUAGAUCCCGUAUUGGAGCAACCCACUCUUCCAAGUUUAUCCCACUAAAGUAG